AUCCGCGUUAUCUUAUUCCUAUAUUAGCCGCUAGGGUUUUGAUGGUUUAGGGAGGAGAGCACGAUAUCUAGGGUUCGCCAUUCCGAGAGGCAGAGAGAGGAGGGAAGUCAUUGCGAAUUGCUUGCGGCCGUCGCCGUCUCCUCCUGAUUUCGACGAUGAUCAUCCCAGAGAAGAAUCGGAGAGAAAUCUCCAAAUACCUCUUUCAAGAGGGCGUGUGCUAUGCGAAGAAAGAUUACAACUUGGCGAAGCACCCGGAAAUCGAUGUGCCGAACUUGCAGGUGAUAAAGCUGAUGCAGAGCUUCAAGUCCAAGGAGUACGUGAGGGAGACCUUUGCCUGGAUGCACUACUACUGGUACCUAACCAAUGACGGGAUCGAGUUUCUCAGGACCUACCUCAACUUGCCUUCUGAGAUUGUUCCCAACACUCUGAAGAGAGCUGCCCGCCCCGCCCCUGCUGGCCGUCCUUUUGGCGGUGGCGAUCGCCCUCGUGGUCCACCUAGAUUCGAAGGAGAUAGGCCAAGGUUUGGUGAUCGUGAUGGUUAUCGUGGAGGUCCAAGAGGUGGCCCUCCUGGAGAGUUUGGUGAGAAGGAAGGGGCUCCAGCUGGCUUCCAGCCUUCAUUUAGGGGUGGAAGACCUGGAUUUGGUCGUGGAGGCGGUGGCUUUGGUGCUGGACCUGCUAGUGGAAGUUUUACUUAAGGGGUAGAUUGGCGGAUUUCAUCCUGUUGCGGUCUUACAUGGACAUGAUUGAGAAGGUCAAAUGAUUUAAAAAAAUUUAUGUGCUCCAUAAUGAGAUAGUGGUAUUCGUUCUCUUUUAGCUGUUGAGCAAAGUUUGACUCGUGUGCCAGUUAUGUAAGCAGUCUGAACAAGCUAAUUACCUGGUUUAAAUUUUGAUUUUGGAGAUGAUUGCAGUUA